GGUCUCUGUACAGUUUUUUUCUUCACAGGGAAGUGAAACGCUCGCUGGUUACAGAUAAAUUACAAGUCGUGGUCAUUUGCAGCUGCUUCAUCAGCGUCUACAGCCUGUUUCUGUCCUACUCCUGAGAGGACAAAACUGCUGCAGGGUUUGCUACUGACAUCAGGUCUGUCUUCAGGAAACAGAGCUGGUUGUUAAUGUUCAGAGAUGGGUUUUGGGGAGGACCUGCGGUGUCCACAGGCUCAUGCAGCUGUGAUGCGGCUGCUGGACUCAGAGCUUCACCUGAUGGAGGUCAUGAAGAAGUGGAUGGGGCAGCGGGCGAAGAGUGAGCGUGAGUUUUCAGUGCAGCUGCACCACAUGGCAGCCAUGGUGGAGAGACUGGACCGGCCUCAGCCCAGUGCAGGACUGGACCACAUCAGCCAGCUCAACAAGUCGUGGGGAGUGUUGGUCUCUCAGACGGAGAAUCUCAGUCAAGUGAUGAAGAAACGUUCAGAGGAUCUUCUGGACGGGCCCAUCAGUAAACUGACUCUGCUCAUCAGAGACAAACAGCAGCUCCGUAAAACCUACGCAGAGCAGUGGAGCCUGUUGAGGCAGGAGCUCAACAAGGUCACCCAAACUGAGCUGGAGAGACUGAAGAGCAGCUACAGGCAGGCGGUCAGAGACGCAGCUCAGGCCAAGAGGAAGUACCAGGAUGCCAGCAGAGAUAAGGAGCGAGACAAGGCUAAAGAGCGAUAUAUAAAGGCAUCCCUGAAACUCUAUGAGCUGCAUAAUGAGUAUGUUUUGUCUGUGAGAGCGGCUCAGAUUUACCACCAGCACCACUACAGUCAGAUCCAGCCGGCGCUGCUCGACGCUCUGCAGACCCUGCAGCAGGAGAUGGUGCUCAUACUAAAGGAGAUCCUGCAGGAGUAUUUUGACAUAUCCACUCUGCUCCAUCAUGAAGUGGUGCAGAUUCACAGAGAGAUUUCUUCUGCUUUAACGGUCAUCGAUCCUCACAGGGAGUAUGACAGCUUUAUCCAGCAGAACAGGUCUGUGGGGGAAAUUCCUGCAUGUGUAGAAUUCGAUUGCAAUAUUCUGGAGGACUGCGAGCAACUGAACCCUCGAGAGAUUGAACUGAACGACCUCACGCUUGAGACGAUCCAGCACAAGUUGACAGCAGUGGAGGAGGAGCUGCUGGGCCUCGCACGGACCCUGGGCUCCCAGCAGACGUCGGUGGAGCAGCUGGAGCUGGAUCUGGAGGCCGAGAGGGAAGGUGUUAAGAAGGGCCAGAGGGUUUACCAGUUCAGUAAAAGACAUGCGCUGGAGGAGUGUCGGCAGCAGGUCGCUCUGUCUCAGGGAAUGAGGGCCAAACUGGAGGUUCAGAGGAUCGUCCUAAAGGAGAAACUGGAUCAGCUGGGCUCCAAAGAGGCUCCGUCUGCUCUAAACCUGGACGCAGACACUGUCUCACUGUCGUCCGUCACAAGCAGUGACCACAGCCAAGCUUCUUCCAAACUCUUGGUGGAUGGGAUCCUAAACAAUCUGAGUGGCCUCUUUAAGUCCAAAUGUGAGGUGCUUCCAGGCCUCACCCCGGUGUUGGAGGUUGAGCGUCCUCUGGAGCAGCAGGAGUGGUACCACGGGGCCAUCCCCAGACUGGAAGUUCAACAGCUAUUGAAGAAUAACGGAGACUUCUUGGUGAGGAAGAGUCAGGAAAAGCAGGGGUAUGUCCUGUCAGUGCAAUGGAACGACUGCUGCAAGCAUUUCCUCAUUCAGCACACAGAUAAUCUGUAUCGUCUGGAUGGUGAAAGUUUCCAGAGUAUCCCACAGCUGAUAAAUGAUCUGGUCUCUUCACACCAACACGUCACCAAGAAGUCGGACAUCGUGCUGAAGAAGCCUGUACUGAAGGAUAAAUGGGUCCUGGAACAUCGUGACAUUAUCUUGGGGCCCCUCAUUGGACGGGGUAACUUUGGGGAGGUCUACAGUGGACAUUUACGCUCUGAUAACACCCCUGUCGCAGUGAAAUCCUGUAAAGAGAGUCUGGCUUCAGAGCAAAAGAACAAGUUCCUGAUGGAAGCCAGGAUCCUGAAGCAGUACGACCAUCCUAACAUAGUGAAGCUGAUCGGGGUGUGUACACAGAAACAACCUAUCUACAUCAUCAUGGAGCUUGUUCAAGGUGGUGAUUUUCUGUCCUACUUGCGCCAUGAGGGGCAGAACCUGAGGCCUAAGACGUUGGUCAAAAUGACCGGAAAUGUAGCAUCUGGGAUGGAGUAUCUGGAGAGCAAGAAGUGCAUACAUAGGGAUCUGGCUGCAAGAAACUGCCUGGUAGCAGAGAACAACAUGGUGAAGAUCAGUGACUUUGGGAUGUCCCGCCAGGAGGAUGACGGAGUCUACUCUGCAGAGGGCGGCCUCAGGCAGAUCCCUGUCAAAUGGACUGCACCCGAAGCCCUAAACUAUGGUCGGUAUACCACAGAGAGUGAUGUGUGGAGCUUUGGCGUCUUAUUGUGGGAGACGUUUUCCCUUGGAAUGACACCAUACACAAGCAUGACCAACCAGCAGACAAGAGAAGAGGUGGAGAAAGGAUAUCGCAUGCCUGCUCCAAACGGCUGCCCAGUGGAAGUGUCCAGGCUUAUGACCAGCUGCUGGCAGUACGACCCCAAAAACAGACCCUCAUUCAAGAAACUUCGUACUGACCUUGCCGCCAUUUACAAAAAAGUUGUAUAACAUAAGACUGUUUUGCUGGACAUUGGAUUUUGUUUGUUUUUGUGUGUUUUAUUGUUUAUUUCAAUAGAGAAAAUAAUGGGAUUUAACUUUUUUUUUUUUUUUUUUUUUUUUUAGUCAAACAAAAGUGGAUGAAAAAAUAUAUUUAAAAUAGUAAGUGCAAUAUUAUUACUUCUGCUUCUAUUUCAGACUACUUGGCGUUUUGCAUUGCAGUUUAAAAGACAUGCAGGCUCUUUAACUGCAGCAUUCCUGUGUCUUUGUUUCUUUCUCUGUCUGCGUUGCUCCUCCUCACCAUGAAAAGCUAUUUUAAACCUGUCUCCUUUAAAAAAACACACGAAUCUGUCACAUCUGUCAACACAUCUAAAUAUUAUGACAUAACAACUGAAACAUUAUACCACAGUGUGUUUUAUCAUACAAACCACAGAUAAAAACUGUCACAUCAACCAGAGCAAUGACGUGACGAAGACAAACAUUUAAUCAGAAACGACUGAGGGAAAAUGGCAUGAACAGGUUAUGUCCAUUUGGGUGGAAAUUGUUUUAAUAAAAUAUAUUCCCAUUGAAUAAAAAUGUACACGACUUGGACAAAAAAGUCCUCACCUGGAUUAAACUAAACAAAUAGCUCUAAUCCCUCCAUUACGUAAUUACCACAGUGAUUAAUAUGUUUGAGCUCCAACAAGUUCUUUAACCCUUUAACUGAUGCAGAAGCUUCUCAGAGAACAUAAAGAAUGGACUGUGUUUCAAUGGAAAAAGGUCAUGUGAUCUGAUGAGUCCAGACUGACCCUGUUCCAGAGUGAUGGUGCAUCAGGGUGACAAGAGAGGUGGAUGACGUGAUUACCCAUAAUGCCUAGUGCCUACAGUACAAGCCUGUGGGGGCAGUGUUAUUUAUGAUCUGAGGUUGCUUCUGUUGGUCAGGUCUAGGUUCAGCAGUAUUACAUGUCCAAAUAAUGAGUUGAGCUGAACCUGAAUAAACUGAAUGACCAGGUCUGAACAUCAAUACGCCUUUUCUUUCCUGAUGACACAGACACACUCCAUUAGUAAACGUCAGCUCAAAUUGGUGGUGGUUCAGGGAACAUCAGACAUCAUUUCAACACAUGGAUUAUCCACCACAGAGUCCAGACCUGAACCCCACUGAAAAUCUUUGGGAUGUGCUGGAGAUAACUUCACCCAGUGGUCCGACUCUCCCAUCAUUAAAACAAGGUCUUUGGCAAAAAUUAAUGGAACUACAGAUGGCUGCAAAUGCUGUGAUUUAUUGUGACAUUGCAUGCAACGGUGAAGGCAUCCCAUAAUCAAAGCUAAAUUUGAUCCAACAAAAUUUUGUGAGUGCCUUUUUUGGCAGUUUAUACAUACCCUUUAUUUAACCAG